CUUCGCCUUUUUUUCAUAAUUCCCACCACAGAGUGUCUGUGACCAGCGACCCAGUCGAAACGGUUCGCUGCCAUGCAACCAUUGUACCCCGAUACCCACCGUACCGGUCCCGGUCAUCCUGAGUGGUCCCUUGCAUCCCGAUUCUUCCCGAUUGCUGUCAUCCCUAAUCAAUCCACGGCCCUGGUUCAUAGUCUUGACGACGACCUCGUUAGAAGAUCACGACCGGUGUUGAGACACUUGCUUGGUUGAACUUCGGCAUGCGGUGGGUUCUUACUCAGGGGGGUUCAAUGCGACUAGCCCAGGGAAUACAUAAAAUCAGACUGCCACCAGUCGUCUCCUCGCCUCAGUUGAUCCUCUCCUCCACUGCCAUCAGCUCUGCUGCCUCCUUCAAUCUCCCCUCUUCUUCUGAUAUCGUUGGUGUUCGUUCCAAGAGUAUCCUGGCCGUGACUCAGCCUUCCACCAUGGCUCGAUUUCCCGCUCAGCAAAGCCGUCCCGUCCACGCGACCUCCUUGGUGAACCAUGCGGCACCUGUUGAUGCCAACUAUGACACUGCCAACCCUGCCUACAUUCGCAAGUAUCUCCGCACCUACGGCUUGACGCCCCCGCGUGCGGAGUCAUACGAGACCCAGAAGACUCGCUGCCUCGCUCAAUUGGCUCUCAAGCAGACCCCCAUCGACAAGUUCCUCUACCUCAGCACUCUCCGUAAGAACAAUGUUCACCUGUUCUACCGUCUGGUCACGGACCACUUGAGGGAAUUGACUCCCCUCAUCUACACUCCCGUCGUUGGAGAAGCCUGCCAGAGAUGGUCUGAGAUCUACCAGCAGCCCGAAGGUAUGUACCUGAGCUGGGAGGAUCGCGGCAACCUGGCCGCUGUCAUUGCCAACUGGCCCCAGCCCAACGUCGAAAUCACAUGUAUCACCGAUGGUUCCCGGAUUCUCGGUCUGGGUGACCUUGGCAUCAACGGCAUGGGUAUUCCCAUUGGUAAGCUGGCUCUGUACACUGCCUGCGCGGGUAUUCGCCCCGAGGCCACCCUGCCCUUGACUCUCGAUCUGGGCACCAGCAACAAGGCUUUCCGGGAAGACCCGUUGUACAUGGGCAGCCGCCGCGACAAGGUGACUCCCGAGGAGGAGCGUGAAUUCUUGGAUGAGCUGAUGGCUGCUCUGACCGAGCGCUGGCCUGGUAUUGUGAUCCAAUUCGAGGACUUCAAGAACCCCUUCCCUGCUCUGGAGCGUUACCGUGACAACUACACGUGCUUCAACGAUGACAUCCAGGGUACUGGUGCUGUCAUCCUCGGUGGUGUUAUCAACGCUGUCAAGCGCUCUGGCCUUCCUUGCAAGGACCAGCGCGCCGUCUUCUUCGGUGCUGGUAGCGCCGGUGUCGGUGUUGCUAAGCAGAUUGUUGACUUCUUCGUCCGCGAGGGCAUGACCGAGGAUGAGGCCCGCGCGUGCUUCUACCUGGUCGACACCAAGGGUCUUGUCACUGCUGAUCGUGGUGACAAGCUCGCUGAUCACAAGGUCUACUUUGCCCGUACGGACAACAACGGCCUGCAGCUGAAGACCCUGGAAGAUGUUGUUGACCAUGUGAAGCCCACCAUCCUGAUGGGUCUUUCUACCAUCGGUGGUGUCUUCACCCCCGAGCUCCUGCGCAAGAUGGCUGAGUGGAACACUGCCCCCAUUGUCUUCCCUCUGUCCAACCCCUCUCACAAGUCCGAAUGUGACUACGAGAGCGCCGUCACCAACACCGAUGGCCGCGUGCUGUUUGCCUCUGGUUCUCCUUUCCCCCCCAUGUCAUACACCAACACUGCUGGCGAGACCCGCACCUACUACCCCGGCCAGGGCAACAACAUGUAUGUCUUCCCUGGUAUUGGUCUAGGUACCAUCCUCUCCAAGUCAGUCAAGGUCACCGACAGCAUGAUCUACGCCUCGGGUGAGGCCCUCUCCAAGGCUCUCCUUCCCGAGGAGAUUGAGCGUGGCCUUCUCUACCCCGACUUGACCCGCAUCCGUGAGGUCUCUGUCGUUGUGGCCCGCAACGUCAUCCGGGCGGCACAGGAGGCCAAGGUCGACCGCGAAACCGCCCUGCGCAGCAUGAGCGACGAGGACCUGGAUGCCUGGAUCAAGGCCCGCAUGUACAACCCUCACACCGAGGUCUUGGCCUUGGAGCGGGAGGUUGGCUCUAUCCUGGCUAGCCUGGGACCCAGCGCCUUUUCCCUGGAGGCUCUGACUGAGGAGGCCGAGAAGAACUCUAAGCUGUGAGCUUAAUUUCUUUGCUUAGCUUUCCGGCAUCUCAUUCUUAAAAUACUGGCUUUGUUCUGUUUUCGAGCGCUUUUUGUUUCCCGGAUCCUGCUUGGAAGGAUGCGCUUUUGUAUACCCCCAUUCUUUCACGGAUUCUGACCCCUCUUAAUGACGAUUCUGUUGUCGGAUACCACCGAUGUCGGACUAGUUUUGGUUAGCAUAGAUGCUGGUCUUGUGAUGGAUAAAACGGAUGAUUCAAUGAUCAGAUCUUUUUUUCGGGCUA